GGAUGCAGUUGUCAUGGAGAUGGAAAAGGACCCAGCUUCCGCUCGUCGUGCUGUUGCCAUGGAAAUCCCCGUGGCAGCAGCAUCGCUCUCUGUAGCGCCAGGAGAUCCGGAGGAGCAGCGCGAGCCCGCCAUACCCUUUCAGCACCGUGGACAGCACCAUAGGACCAGACCGCCGUUUAACCACGGGAGAUUUUAUAUGCUGAUAGUUAUCGGAGAAAUCUCAACGGACCACCACCUUCAGUCUGCCAAAAAACACAUAAAACAGGGACUGCGGUCGUGGGACAUCGAUCUGACUCUGUGCGACCUGAACAGAGAGCUACAGCUCUUCGCGACACGACACUCUGCCCAGUUCUCCUCAGAGGUCAAAGGACAGAGGACCCUGCAGUACAAGAGUGAUGUCCUUGAGACAGUUGUGUUGGUGAACCCGUCAGAGGAAACUACUGCUUCAGAGAUCCGCUCUCUGGUCACUGACUCUGCUGGACACAAGCUACUAGUCCUAAGUGGCCAGAGCUCUGAGCAGGGAGGUGACAUCACGCUGCAGGGUGGAGCCUUCACCUGGAGACACUUCUCUGACGUCAUCUCUGAUCCUGGAGUGACUGAGGUCCUGUCCAACUCAGCGUCGGACCAGCGGCCCAGGCUAACAGUAUCGUGCCUGGGAGACGGGGGCUGGAGCUCACUGGGCCACAGCCAGGAGCAGCAGCACCUCCAGAGCCUUCUGGAAUACCGCCUAAACCCUGAGCCCACGCUUCCCGACAUGGAGGGAGUAGCAGAGUUCACAGAGUACGUCUCGGAGACGGUGGACGUCCAGUCGCCCUUUGACAACCUGGAACCGCCCACCUCGGGUGGUUUCCUGAAGCUAUCCAAGCCCUGCUGCUACAUCUUCCCUGGAGGGAGGGGUGACUCUGCCCUGUUUGCCGUGAACGGAUUCAACAUCCUGGUGGAUGGAGGGUCCGAACGCAGGUCCUGUUUCUGGAAGCUGGUCAGGCACUUGGACAGGAUAGACUCAGUCCUGCUGACCCACAUUGGGGCGGACAACCUCCCAGGAAUCAACGGGCUGCUCCAAAGGAAGAUUGCUGAGCAGGAGGAGGAGCAGUCCCAGGGAUCUGGCGGCUCCAACACAUACGGUGACUGGAUGAAGAACCUGAUCUCGCCCGAGCUCGGAGUGGUGUUCUUCAACGUCCCUGAGAAGCUACGAAUGCCUGAGUCAACGCUAAAAGUCAAACGGAGCAUCGAGGAGGCAUCCCUCACACUGCAGUAUCUCAACAAGCUUGGCAUCAAGUCAGAACCCCUUUACAGGGUUGUCAGCAACACCAUUGAGCCCAUCACGCUUUUCCACAAGCUGGGCGUUGGUAAGCUAGACAUGUACAUUCUGAACCCUGUGAAGGAAAGCAAGGAGAUGCAGUUCCUUAUGCAGAAGUGGGCUGGGAACAGUAAGGCCAAGACUGGGAUUGUGAUGUCCAAUAGCAAAGAAGGAGAAAUAUCAGUCCCUUACUUGACCUCAGUAACAGCUCUUAUCGUAUGGAUCCCGCAUAGUCCAACAGAGAAGAUAGUCAGGGUGCUGUUCCCUGGAAAUGCACCGCAGAACAAAAUUUUGGAGGGGCUUGAAAAGCUGAAGCACCUGGACUUCCUGCGCUACCCAGUGGCCACUCAGAAAGACAUAUCCUCUGGGGCCCCGCCUCCAAUCAUGAAACAAACAAAGAUGAGAUCAAGAACAGAAAGCAAGGAGAGCCUGAAAUCUUCCACCAAAACACAGUUGGCCUCAAAAGCCAGCAAGAAUGAAGCUAAAGGGCAGGAAGUGGUGUCCAAGAAUAACUCGGCUAAAGAGAACAAAAUUGAAAAGAAAGAGGAGAAGAAGGUGAAGAGUGAGAGCGCCAAAGCUACCAAAGCCACCAAACAACAACAAAACAGUGAGGCAGCACCCGAAGCAGCCAAACUGGAGAGAAAGAAGCUGUCCAAGGAGAAAACACUGAGGAAACACUCCAAGGAACGACCAUCUAAGAUGGAGGAGAAAAAGGACAAAGAGAAGAAAGAGAUUAGUAAAGUAAAGAAAGAGGACAACAAACGCGAAGUGAAGAAAGACGAUACUGCUAAAAAAGAGGAGAAAAAAGAAACAAAAGCAGUGAAGGAGGAGAAAAAGAAGGAUCUGAGUAAGCCAGAGCUGAGGAAGAUCACCAAACCAGACCUGAAACCCUUUACCCCAGAAGUCAGGAAAACCCUCCAUAAGGCAAACAAGACACAGGCUAAACCCAAGACGGACAAGACUGACAAAAACAUAACAGCAAAACCGGUCAAAGACAAAACAGCUGAGAAAAAGUCGGUCCCAAAGAAAGCCCCCCAAAAAUCUGCUGCUGCUUUGGCAGACGGAUCUGUUGUAUCAUCUCCAGAAGACCUCACCAAGGACUUCGAAGCUUUAAAACGAGAUGAGCUCUCGAAGCUAGGGAGGGAACCCAUUCAGAAUGAUGUCAUGUCUGGAUGUCCAGCUUUCACAGACCACAAACUCCCUGAUGAGGGAAUAACAACUAAAUCCCCAGCCAAUCUUGGAGAGAAGUUUGAGGAUGAGGGUGCCGACAUGGAUGAUGGUCAUGAUGAUGAUGAGGAGUACAACAAAGAGAGUGAUGUACUAAAGAAAGGUGCAGAUGUCAGGAAAUGGCAGGACAUUAAAAGGAAUGCUGGCAUGGAUAGGAAAUCUGAGGAGGAAAUGGAGCAAUAUGACGAAUACUCUACUAAAGGAGACAUGAAUUCGAAGAAAAGUGUCAGCUCAGAAGAGGAGGGUGAUGUUAUCGAAAAAGCAGAUCUGGAGGGAACUGAGGAUUAUGAGGAUAAAUACAACACAGAAAAAGAUAAAAAAGAAUGGGACACUAAGUCAUCCGACUUUAAAUCGUUUUCAACCGCAGUCGCCUCUGGACAAACCACUACCGCUGCCUCUGAGCAAGUGUCCUUCAUCCAAGAUGAGACUAUUCCCGCUUAUUCCGAAACGGAGCAGACCAUCUCCGAUGAGGAGAUCCAUGAAGAACCCGAGGACAGAAUCCCACACCUCCGCUACGACGUUGCUUCCUGCGACAUCACCGUUCCCGACGUUCCAGGAUCCUUUGACUCUGUGUAUGGUGUUAGGGAGAUGAGAGCCUCGGAUACAUCUGACGCCUCAGACUUCAAAGCCAAAGGCUUUGUGGGAAGACAUGACCCAGUGUUGGCAGCCUAUCCAAGCAUCAUCACAGCUCCGCUCGCCGAGGAAGAGCACAUCUCCUCAGCCACGUCCAUCACAGAGUACGACAAACUGUCCUCGUUCGCCACUUCCAUGGCGGACGACCAGUCCAUCGCAUCGGUGACCGCCCCGCAGACAGAGACAGAGACAGGGAGGAGCUCUCUUCACCUGGACACGGUCAAUAGCAUCCCCUACCGCACCGAGGCCACCCACGGGAAGGACUACCUCCACUCGGCUGGAACCAUCUCUCCCACCUCCUCCCUGGAGGAGGACAAGAACUUCAGUUCUCCUCCUUCAAAGGAGUACCAGCCUUUUGUUACCGAGAUGGAGGCUGGGAGGAAGACCAAACCUGUCCAUGAGGAGUAUGACGAAGAGGAGGAUGAAGACGAGGACCAGACUCCCAAUGUUGAUAUCCCCUUGGGGAAACUCCAAGAGGGCUACGAGCAGGCGACGGCAGCCAUGUUGCUCCAGGACAAGGAUAAAUCCCCCUCCACUGCCUUUGCGCCUCCUUCUCCUCCCACUUUCUCCAGCGGGUUUAAGCCUAGUUCCAUGUUUGAAGGUGAAGAGAGAUGUCUUAGCCCAGACGACAGCACCGUGAAGCUGGCCUCACCCACCCAGUCGGUCCCCACCAACAGUGGCUACUCCCCCACAGAGGAGAAGAAAAACAACAAAAUGGACAAAACUGAAACUGAGCUCCAGAAAAUGGGGCUCUCUGGUGACAAGACCCCCUUUGAAGAAUCAGAUGAGGAUGACGAUGAUGACUAUUAUGAGAAAAGGGAUCUCAAACCCUGUGUUAAAGCUAAGUAUUUGGAACAGAAGGAGGGUAGGUUCUUGGACGAUGAAUCACCUCAAGAAGAGAAGCUGUCUGAGAGGGACAAAGGACUUGCAGAGGAUGACAUCAAGUCCAAGUAUCUGCAGAAUAAACCGGGGUCGACAGACGAGACACAGUUCUCUGGUUACAUGGAGCAAACAACCAAACCCCAGAUCAUACACUCCGACGAGCAAGACGAGGUGGAGGAAGAUGAUGUUAUUCAACUAAGUGGAACAAGGUCUAGAGCUUUAUCAGUAGAGCAAAGUAAGUUGGACUCUGAAGAUGACAAAAAGGAUGCAGCAUUAUCCAGAAAAAAGGACAAUGUAACUUUGAAAGAGCCAGAGAAAAGUGUCCAGUUCAAUCUGUAUGAUUUCCCGGAGCGAGAGAGUAGAGAGAAACGCUCAGAAGAAGAAAUAAGACAGGACACUCCAUAUGUACACGGCAAGACUUUCUCUUACAGUGAUAUCUAUGACAACAAAACCAGUUAUCAGAAGGACCUGUCAGAAAAAAUGGGGAAGGACAGUAUGAAGGAGAUGGACACACAGAAAAAGGACUCCGCUUUCCCCUCAGACAUGGAGGGGUUCACUAGCUCUCAUGGAAAAGAUGUAUCUUCCUCCUCCUCUUCCUCUUCCCCCUUUCCAUGGCUCCAUGGCUCUGAAUCCAUAGAGAAGAUAAGUGAGCCACGUGGAUACAGCAGAGAGAGCAGAUUCCCAUCCAUGGCUGAUAGACCAGAGGCUUCAACCACAUCCUUAUCAUCAGAGAGAGACUCCUUCCCUUAUAAAGUUCACAGUGAUUACACCGCUGUAACAGGUAGUGCUGCAGCCAAACCCUCUUCAAUGAGCUACCAUGACAAAGAGGUGGAACUGGAGAUAGACAUGAGGAAGCUAACAGCCAGGGAUGAGGAGGACUACGAUGAUUAUGAUGAUGAAGAUGAUGAAGAAGAGGAUGAGGACGAUGACGAGGAGGAUGCUAUUGACUCAGACAUGGAGAAAGGUGCCAAAGAGAAAUCGGAAAAGGAAGUCAAAAGUGCUUUCAUCGAUGGUGUGAGCUCAAAACAGCCCCAGUUUAUGGUUUCCAUGGUCGGCUACGGUUACAACAGCCAGACAAAGCAUACUUCACCAGACAGCAUGAGCACAGAAGAGCCAGAGUUUAUGGAUUCCAUGGCCGGCUAUGGUUACAACAGUCAGGCAAAACCGACUUCACCAGACUGUGUGAGCUCAAAAGAGACAGAUUUCACAGACUCCAAACUUCCUGAUGAGGGGAUAACAACUAAAUCCCCAGCCAAACUUGGAGAGACGUUUGAGGACGAGGGUGCCGACAUGGAUGAUGAUGAUGAUGAUGACGAUGAUGAGGAGUACAACAAAGAGAGGGAUGUACUAAAGAAAUGUGCAGAUGGUUACAAUAGUCAGGCAAAGCCGACUUCACCAGACAGCUUGAGCUCGAAAGAGCCAGAGUUUCUGGUUUCUAUGGCCGGCUAUGGUUACAGCAACCAGGCAAAGCUGACUUCACCAGACGGCAUGAGCUCAAAAGAGACAGAUUUCACAGACUCCAAACUUCCUGAUGAGGGGAUAACAACUAAAUCCCCAGCCAAACUUGGAGAGAAGUUUGAGGACGAGGGUGCCGACAUGGAUGAUGAUGACGACGAUGAUGACGAUGAUGAGGAGUACAACAAAGAGCGGGACAUACUAAAGAAAGGUGCAGAUGGUUACAACAGCCAGGCAAAGCCGAUUUCACCAGACGGCAUGAGCUCGAAAGAGCCAGAGUUUAUGGUUUCCAUGGCAGGCUAUGGUUACAACAGCCAGGCAAAGCCGACUACGCCACCUUCUUCCACCACCUGCAAAGGAGACAUGGGCGCCACAGCGUUCUCUGGGUACUCCUCUGGGUUUGAUUAUUCUUACGGUGGGGAGAAAGACACAUUCCAGUCCAGCGAGAUGAAGGACAAAGAGGGAAAAGACGAGUAUUUCCACAGCGAGAGAGCUGACGGUGGUAAGAAAACAGGAGACACAGUAGGAGUCUCAUCAGGCUUCCACUACACCACCACCUCUGCCACGGCAUACUCGUCCUCCUCUUCCUACAGCUACUCCUCCUCUACGUCCGGUCCGUCACUCUCCACCAGCCGGCAGUUUGGCGAGGAGCUGGAGACCCCAGCCAACGCCUCCGACCACAUCUUCAAACACGAUGCAGACAGUGUCGGCUUCGAGUACUCCUCCUUUAAAGAUGAACACGGCUCCUUUAAAGAUGAACACGGCUCCUUUAAAGAUGAACACGGCUCCUUUAAAGAUGAACACGCCUCCUUUAAAGAUGAACACGCCUCCUUUAAAGAUGAACACGCCUCCUUUAAAGAUGAACACGCCUCCAUUAAAGAUGAACACGCCUCCUUUAAAGAUGAACAUGCCUCCUUUAAAGAUGAACACGCCUCAUUUAAAGAUGAACACGCCUCAUUUAAAGAUGAACACUCCCUGGCCAUGGACUCCUCCCCCUUUUCCAGUUCCUGCGGGAUGGUUAAGAACGAGUACCUGGAGGUUUCGGAGAAGCAGAUGACGACGGCCACCACCGCAGAAUCCACCUCCAGUCUGGCCCGCUUCUCUCCUCACAGCCCCUUUGAGGAGAUCAAACCUUUCCACUCGCACUCCUCCGCUUCCUCCUCGGAAGACAAAAAGGAGCAUGUUGCCUCGAUGGAAGCAAGUGUUGUGAACAAAAGCCCCCAGUCGGACUGCUUCUAUAAACCAGAAUGGGCGGAUGAGUCCAAGCUGCAGGCUGCAGGGGGUUAUGGGCCUUUCUCCCAGUUGCCCAAGGAGAAGGAUGCCAUCGCCACGGGUUUGUUUGGUGUCACCUCGUCCCCACGGCCCGACUCAACAGGCAAGCAUUACUUUGAAAACUCUGACAGUAGUGAGGAAGAGGAUGACGAGGAAGGUUACAUGCGUGAGAUGAGCCUGUCCUCCGAAAAACACGGCAGCAGCACCACCACCUCAGGUAAGAUAGAUGGCGCUGGUCUCCCUGAUGUGCUCACCUCGUAUAUGCCCUCCUCUCUGCUGCCCACCAAGCCAGACACAGUCAAUGGUCCCAUGGAGGUCAGCAGCAUGAGCUCCCCCAUCAGUGCAGGGCCGGCAGUCAGCUGCGUGAGCCCAGGUCUGGGUACAGCUGAGGAGAAAAAGGUGAGGAGCUCCUAUGAGUGGAACAUGCAGAAGCCCCAAAUGGACAUGGUUCCUGGCGACUCCCCGCCUCAUUACCGCCACGAGGACGAGUUUGAGGAGGAAUGUGAAAUGGAACCAGAGUUCCCCGCCCGCCCGCUCUCCCUCUCCUCCACUGAUCACACCUUCAGCUCCCCCUUCUACACGGAGGCGUCGUGCCGAGGAGAAGCAGGAGGAAGAGAUGAUGAUGAUGACGACAGCGACCCGGACCUCCCUCCUGAAAUGGGCACCACCUCCUACACGUCCUCCUCCAAAGCCUCCCCUGGCUACUCCUCCUCGGAGCACAGGCACCGCAAAGGAGACCUCUCACCCUCCUUCAUCAAUCCCAGUAUGCAACAGCAGUCCAGCGAUGAGGAGGACGAGGAGCGGGGACGCAGGAGCGACCAAUCGCAGGAAGGGGACGAACAUGACCUGUCAGUCAAGAAGAGAGCCAACAAACAGCCCCACCACCCCCACUUCCAGGGCGGCUCGGUCCCCCACGCUGGGACGGCUGGGCUGGGGUUAGCCAGAGAAGACACCCCCCCCAACCUCCAUCAGCGAGUCUAUACCGUCGCAGUCAGAUUCAGACGUUCCCCCAGGGACAAAGGAGUGCCCCUCCAUCACGGGCAACAGCAACAUGGACUCGGACGAGGACACUGAGUACCUGCCUGUGGAUAAGUUCUCCACCAUGGGAGGGGGCCACCAUCACUCCUCUUCCUCCUCCUCCUCCAGGAUGAGCCCCCGUGACCCCCCUCCCGCCCCCCUCAUGGACCCCUUCCCCAACCCCCCCUCACCCGGACGUCUGCAUGGUGGACCCCGACGCUCUGGCCAAUGACCAGAACCGGGCAACCUCAGAGUCGCCCCUCAAGAAGGACCCCAAGACGAAAGGCGUGCGGAAGACAGGGAAACCCAAGUCUGCAUCUCCGGCUCGCCGUAAGCGGUCCCCCAUGCCAGUGAAGCAGUUGCCGUCCCCUCGCAGCGCCUCGCUGAAGAAGAAGGAGACAGAGAAGAGCUUGAGGAUGUCCCAUCUGUCAGACGGACAGGGCUCCAGAGACGAUGACCUCUCCAGGUCCAGCUACAACGCCGGCAGGGUGGCCAACGGAGUUAAGAGCACCUCAGGCUCUCAGAGGUCCAGUUCCGUGGUUCCCCAAGGCCCUCCUAUCUACGUAGACUUGGCCUACAUCCCCAACCACUGCAGUGCUAAAAACGUGGACCAGGAGUUCUUCAAACGCGUCCGCUCUGCAUACUACGUGGUGAGCGGGAACGAUGUGGGCAAUGAUGAGCCCAGCCGAGUGGUCCUGGACGCUCUACUGGAGGGCAAGGCCCAGUGGGGAUCCAACCUACAGGUGACGUUGAUUCCCACCCAUGACACAGAUGUGACUCGGGAGUGGUACCAGCAGACCCAUGAACGGCAGCAGGAGCUAAACAUCAUGGUCCUGGCCUCCAGCAGCACCGUGGUCAUGCAGGAUGAGUCUUUCCCCGCCUGCAAGAUCGAAUUUUAAGCCCCAUCCCCCCUCUCUUCCCCUCUGUAAUGGGACAACACACCCCUGGUUCAGUCUGUCUGUUUAAAUAUUUUGGAUCUGCCUUUUCUAGGGAUUUAUUUCUUACGGUAAAUCAUAACAGUACAUCUCAAAUUACACCCUAUUUGUCUUAUAGCUAACAUAGAACUCUGGUCUAAAGUAGUGCACUGGACUGUAUGUGGAGUAGGGUGUCAUUUUAGACACAGCAAUAUUCAACAACCACACGUUUGAUUAUGGUUAUUGUCAUUGUUUGUAUUAUAAAGGUGCUCUUCAGACUAUAACGCUCCUCUACUAUAAUUCUAAGGUUUAUUAAAGGAAACAAGUACGGUUGUGCAUACGGUAGAAAUCCAGGCAAAAUGUCCAGGCAAUGGUUACUGUUUCCUUCAAGUUAAGACAGAUUUUCUUCUAAUAGGCAUAAGUCAAAGCACAAGUAUGCCCAAUUAUAAUGUUACAGAGUCAUCAACAACAACAACUUAUUCAACUUACAACUUAAUCAACAACAACUUCAUCUUUGUUUAAAGAAGUUAGAACACCAAAACACAUUUUGUACUUUAGUGUUUAUAUGUUUUGUAGAACUGAAUACGCCAUGCUAAUGCCAAUGGUACUUUUCUCAUCCACGUGCCACUCAUUGAACUUUGUGCCUAAUAUUGACACAUUGACAUAGAUGAUAUUCUAAGUAGAUUGUCUCUAAGAGUCUUUUAGAUGUUGAAUAAUUAUGUUUGUAGUAGAAUAGGGUGGAAAAAACAAAUCGAGUCAUACUCAAAGGUGUUGUGUGUGCCAUUCAGUUUUCAUGUAAUUUCUGCAAGGUGAAAUUCGCUUUUAAUGGAUUUCUCAAGCGCCAUAUUGCGUACAGUAAAUUGUAACUGUCAGUGUUGUCUGGUUGUAAAGUGUAGUCUUUUGAGAAUGUUCCCAGCCAGAACACAUCCAGAUCUGUCGAACAGGGCUGGUGUAUAUUGUACAAUAUACAACAUGCACAGGAGAUUACCCUUGCAUUUAUUUUCCAAGCUUGCAUUCACAAACAUAUCUUGGACCAGGCCAAUGUAUGCUAUUGUGUGGAAGGAAAGGAGAAUACUCACAUUGCAACAUUUUGAUGACUGUAUGUCAGGUUGCAAUGUUGCUACAUUCAAUGUACUACUUCCUCGUCAUAGCAUUUAUACACAUGUAUAACAUACUGUAAGCAUUACACAUUGGCUUGGAAUAGUGUGGCUUAUGAAAUGACAAAUAGCUUAAGCAGCUUGUUUGUGUUCAUGAACUCAUUGAUAGAAAGGAGGCUGUCAGGUUAAAAGAUGUUACGCAACUUAAAGACAACAACCCUCCGCUAUUUUAUCUGCAGAGCUACAGACCGACAGUGUCUGUCUGGGAACUGGAGUAGGUCCACACUUUGGGAAGGUAUCACAGAUCAUAUGAUUAUUCUCACAUUUAGUAUUGACCCUUUAAGAGACAUGGGUGUGAUUUGGGAUUUGUGUAAGGUGAAGAUAGUGUAGACUAGUGGUAUGUACUCCAGCUAUGACCAUCAAGGUAUUAUCCCAAAUGGCACCCUAUUCCCUAUGUAGCGCACUACUUUUGACCAGAGCCUUAUGGUAGUGCACUACAUAGGGAAUAGGGUGCCAUUUGGGGCAGUCAUACCUAACCUGGUUAUGACUACAGCAAUAGGACCAUGUGGUUGUGAGCUCAUGGCCCAUCGCCUGUACAGGGUAAUAGUUUGAUUGAGUGUCUGAAGACUUGUCUGUGAGGUGUUUGUGCCGUGCAUUAACGUUGAUGAACAUUGUGGGGCGGUUCCAUAGAUGAUAGAGGUUUGACUGUCACCCACAUGUGCCUUUCUGUCCUGUCGUGUGUUCAAGGAAGACUCAGAUGCUUGCUUGAAAUGGCCCUUGUGGCAAAGCCAUAGAUAUUCAGUGUUCGGCAAACUCAGUUUCGGUCUCAGAAUUUGAACGGGCGCCAUGUUGGCACUGAAAGCUCCAAGACAAUUACAUUGUAGUUGGAAUGCAGAUUAGAAUGUUCUCAUCAUGGCAUGUUUGGUGCAGACAUGGAGGAUGGUUUGCCAUGGUAAAGUAGUGGCUACGUGGGCAGGUCAGUGUUGUAGUAUGAUCACUAAACUAAAAGCAAAGGUCCAAAAAUAUGAUUUGCACAUCCUACUAAGCAAACUAACAUGGUACUUUUACCAGUCAGUGUUUAAAUCACAGGGUCUGAUAUUCUCUGUCGGCGAUAGUGAACAAGAAGCACAAAUUAUCAAACAACUUAACAAGAACAAACUGUGGUCAAACUCUUAUUCUAAGAACUUGUAGGCCCAGUCAUAUGAAAAUACUCUAAUUUGGGAUUUGUACCAAUUGUGUUUAUGUUCUUUAACACAAAAGCAGUCAUUUUUGUAUCAGGAAAAAGAGAGCUUUGUUGGAAAUGUUAACUCACAGACAGAUGUGUUAUUUCCUAUUGAGUUGUAUUAUUUUCUUAAUCCUUAUGAUGCCCAUGGAAAGGGGUGUUUUGCGCUAGGGCUGUUUUAGAACCAUUAACUUUGGGAGCAGAGGCCAAAAGGUUUUUGCUCUACCACAAUCACCUUGACUCAAUGCCUUGGAAUGUUUUUAAAAAACAAAAUGUACAAUUUUCUUUUGAUUUUAUGUGAUCAUAGUCGGUGUGUCUAGAAUGUAAUUUUCAGUGUUAUUUAUGAUGGGUUUUCAUUUGUGUGCACAGUUUGUAAUUGUAUCCUUUAAUAUUACUGUAAGUUAGGACUAAGUAGAUUGUUAGAAACUAACUGUUAGAAAACGAGACAAAAAUACAUGUUUUAAUUCCAUUUUAUUGCAUCAUGACAUUAAGUUUUUGAGGCUUACAAAGAACAAAUAACACGCCUUGUUUGAGGGUCAAGACAAAUUGUACCAUUGCGCAAUCUUUGAGGCUAAUCAGAAUAUUCAGCAAUGUAUUCCAGUUUUUCUGAGACACAUAUGGCGCACACACGUAAAUAAUAUCAUAGAGACAAAGAAAAUAGAAUGAAUUGUCAAAUGCUUUCAGUAAACAUGUUUUGAAUCCUUUAAUGUCUUUUUCUUUUCGUUGCCGAAGCUCAUUACACAAAUGUACCGGACCAUGCAGAUUAUCAGACAGAGCAGUUCUGAGAUAGCCUGGUUAAUUAACAGACUGAGAGCAGUUCUGCGAUAGCCUGGUUAAUUAACAGACUGAGAGCAGUUCUGCGAUAACAAUACUGAGAGCAGCGUUCAGUCUGGUUUAACCAGGCUAGUUCUGAGUGUUCCAGCUGAUCCCAAUGAUGAAGAAGCAGAUUAACCUUUACGUUCUCCGUGGAGGACAUUGAUAUCUUGGUUGCCUUGGUGACAUACUAGUUAGUAGUUGUAUAUGUUUUCUGCUCCAUCAACUCAAAAGGGUUGUCAGUCAAAGUCAGACUGUCUCCUCUAUUGUGUGUGAAUACAGUGCAUAUCAAACUUAUUUUUAGGGCAGAAUGUCUUAUUUGAUUUCUUUACUCUUGUCUGAAGUCUGUCUAUUUCUAAUGGUUGCCCUGAGAAACGAGUGCAAUUAAUUAGUCAGCGAUUGAUUAAAGAAAAUUGGACAAGUUCUUCAUUUUCAGAGACUGAUUUUUGACCGUACAGGUAAUUGUCUUACUCACAGUUUUUCAAAGGCAAACUAACAUGCCUGCUAUAUUGUUUAGCUGAGAGAACAUUCUGUAUAACAAAUAUUGGAUAAUGUUACAGUGCUUGGAAUUGGCUUUCACAUAGAGAAUUGGAUUCAGAACAACAGUAUCCCUUUAUAUCUCAGCAACUCUACCAGUUUUCCUGUGGUCUUUGACUUCAAGGUUGUCUUAACCGAGACAUCAACUGUUAACUCAUGUCAGCGUCAUUCUGAAGACUAGAAUUAACAUUGUAUUCAUAGACAAACACAAACCACAUCACACAAAACUGACUGCCAGAUAGUGACUUGGAUCACUAUAUAUCAAUACAUUUUAUAUCUAGGGUAUUUAUAAUGGAUCACACAGUGAAUUUUUCCAAAUAAAAAAAAAAAACAGAACAAAA